AUUAAAGAAAGUUAGUCUGAGCAAGAUGGCCGGUCGGACGACUUCGGUCUUAUAUUACUCUGCACUUUUGUUGCAUUUAAUAUUAUUAACGAGUUUCAAUAACGGGCAGAGAUUUGGUCUCAAAGCAAAAACUCUUCAUAUUACGGAAGAUUACAAUUCUUAUGGUUAUAGACAGCCGCUUGUCAUUAAUCGAGACGAAUAUUCGGAUGUCAGCGAAACGUCAGCUAGUCGAACGCGCAGGGAUAUUCCUUCACAGAUCUCAAAUAAUGAUCCAAAUAUCACGACAAAGGUCAAUGCUUUAAAUGAUUCACAUCAACAAUUAAUAGUUCAUUGGGUAGGAGAAAGAUCAAAUGUGAUAAUAUGUCUAGCAAGAGACAGUACACCAGUAAGAAGCAAAAAUCCCACACCUAGUCCUAGUGCUGUGUACAUAAGUUACAAUUAUGGCGAUACAUUCGUCAAUAUAACCGAAAAAUUCCGAAUCAGCACUUUUCAACAAUACGCUACUUUGGACAAAUUUACUAAUCAUCCAAAAUAUAACAGAUUCUGUAUUUUUGUGGACAGUACACAUAGAUUACUUUUUAUCACGCCAGACAAUGGUGAAACUAUCAAUGAAGUGUCAGUACGAUUUCAUCCUAGUGAAAUCUCAUUUUAUGAAAAUGAUGUUAAUAUUGUUCUUGCUUUGGAUAAAAUGAGCCCUCUACCUAGCCUAUGGUUUUCGACGAAUACAGGCUACAAAUGGACAUUAUUACGUCCUUAUGUAAAAGCAUUUUUUUGGUCUCCUGCACCUGCAUUGAUAAUCGAACGAAUGCACUCAGAUGGAAGAAAUACUGUUUAUCAGAUCGAUUUGCAAAAUAAUUUACAAAAUGAUUCGGUAACACGCUUAAUUGAACCAUUUACAUUGAUCAUUUCAGACGUGGAAGACUUUCAAAUUAGAGGCGAUUAUAGAUUUGCUACGUCAAAGAAAAAGAACGAAACGGAACAUUUGGAUCUCUACGUAUCUUAUAAAAAUUUUAGUUUUAUUAAAGCUGAAUUUAAUACAGCUUUACCAAUCAAGAAUUAUCAUAUCGUCGACGUUUCGUAUAAUAGAGUUUUUAUUGCUGCUUCUCACAGUGAAACGCAAGCGAAUCUAUACAUUACAGAAGUUUUAGAUCAGAAGAUAGUUACAUUCACUUUAUCUCUUGAAGGAAUUCUUGCGUUUUUCCCAAAUAGCACUUGGAAAGACAGUUGGUUAAAUGAUGUAUCGGACGAGCCAUUUACCGAUUUGUACAAAGUAGAAGGUCUCCGUGGUAUUUAUAUAGCAUCACAAGUAAAAGGAACACCAAAAUCGGGAUCUAUCGGCCCGGAACAUUUAGUUUCUUUAAUAACAUUUGAUCAUGGUGUAACAUGGAAUCCCAUAAAGGCACCCACUGCAAAUCACGAAGGUUUUCUAAUUCACUGUGCCAAAGACUGUUCAUUGCAUUUAAGUCAACGUUUUAGUCAAUUAUAUCCUGUAACGAGAUCGGUAUCUAUUAUGAGCUCGAAAUCUGCUCCUGGAAUUAUAAUGGCUACUGGAGUAAUAGGACCGAAUCUCAAGGGUCAUCCUGCCCUGUAUGUAUCCAGAGACGCUGGCCUUACUUGGAAACAGGUUCUCAAGGACUACUACUUCUUUAACAUAGGAGAUCACGGUGGUCUUUUGGUAGCUGUUAGAUACUUCAAGUCACGUGGAGAAACCAGAGAUAUUUCUUAUUCCACUAAUGAAGGAGAGACUUGGCAAUCGUAUGAAUUCAACGAAGAAAUGCUGCGCGUUUAUGGAUUGAUGACUGAACCGGGGGAAAAUACUACAGUUUUCACGAUGUUUGGUUCAGCUAGUGGCCAGCACCAAUGGCUAAUUAUCAAGGUUGAUCUGAGAAAUGUAUUCGAAAAAGAUUGUACCAAGGAUGAUUUUAAAUUCUGGUCACCAUCAAGUUCAGAUCAACCAGUAAUGUCUUGUGUGUUAGGUCGGAAGGAAACCUAUCAAAGAAGAGCAGCGAGCGUUAAUUGUUAUACAGGAGUAGAUUAUGAUCGGCCAAUAAAAACGGAAAUAUGUCCAUGCGAUUUUAACGAUUAUCAAUGUGAUUUUGGCUUCAUACGAGAAGGAAAUCCUUAUCAUUGUAUUAGAGAUAAAUCUGUAACUUUCUAUGAUCCUUAUGCUGUACCGAAUAUUUGUGAACCUGGAGCAUUUUAUAAUCGAACUAAGGGUUAUAUUAAGAUAAACGAUGAUGAGUGUGUAGGUGGUUUAGCCAGAAAUUUCGAACCAGAUGAGAUUCCAUGCCCUAUGAAGGAGAAAUCUGAAUUUCUAUUAGUUGCUCAACGAGAGCACAUUUCACGAAUAGAUUUAAUAGAAGAGAAGAUUGAAACAUUGCCUAUUCAUGAUUUAAAGAAUGUGAUAGCAAUCGAAUUCGAUAUGAGAAACAAUUGUCUCUAUUGGGCAGACAUUGUUAACGAUACCAUAGGUAGGCAAUGUUUUAAAGAUGGUACGAGUUUUCCUGAAAUUCUAGUGGAAACUGACUUGAGUUCUAUAGAAGGAAUGGCACUCGAUUGGGUUUCUAAUUUGUUAUAUUUUGUUGAUGGUGUUAAGAUGAGAAUUCAAGUAAUAAGAACAGAUAUAUCAACCAUGGGAAGAAUGCGAAGAACGAUCCUAGGAUCUAAUAAUCUACAGAAACCUAGAGGAAUAGCGGUUCAUCCGAUGAAUGGAUAUAUGUUUUGGACUGAUUGGGCUCCAGGAAAUGCUUCGGUAUCAAGAGCCAAUCUUGAUGGAUCGGAUGUGAAAAGAUUAUUUGUGGAACCAACUGUCGAAUGGCCAAAUGGGAUAACUAUAGAUCAUAUAGCGGAACGUAUUUAUUGGGUAGAUGCUAGACAAGAUUAUAUUGGGUCUAGCGAUUUCGAUGGGAAAAAAUUCAAGAAAAUAAUCUCUAAAAAUGAGAGAGUUUCACAUCCUUUCGCUGUUGCAGUAUUCAAGGACAAUAUGUAUUGGGAUGACUGGAAACAAUCUAUGAUAUUUGUUGCAGAUAAGGAUCAUGGUGUCGGUAUAACUACUAUAUUAGGCCACUUACCAGGUUUGAUGGAUCUUAAGGUAUUCGCGCACAGUAUGCAACAUGGUACCAAUGAGUGUGCUAAUAAUACAUGUUCGCAUAUUUGCGUGGGUGCGCCCCAUGGUCAUGUCUGUCUUUGUCCUGACGGAAUGGAAAUGAUCGAGGGCAAGUGCAUGUGUCCAGGAGGAAUCACCCCAUUUGCCAAUUUCACGUGUCCUAGAGUAGCCAGUACGUGUGCUCCGAAUCAAUUCACUUGUGCUAAUGACGUAUGUAUCCCAGGAUCAUGGCAUUGUGAUCGGGAUAACGAUUGCGGCGAUAAUUCGGAUGAGAUCAAUUGCGCGUCGUUGACCAGUUGUACACCAAAUUUCGAAUGUGAUGGCAAGUGUAUCUCAAAGCACUGGGUUUGUGAUUUUGAUGUGGAUUGCAAGGACGGGAAAGAUGAAAUGAAUUGCAAAUAUCCGCAGUGCUCGGAGUCGCAAUUCAAGUGUGACAAUGGUAGAUGCAUAUCGCAUAGAUGGCGUUGUGACGAUGAGAACGAUUGUCGAGAUGGUUCUGAUGAGAAGAACUGUCCCAAAAAAGAAUAUCCCACUACGUGUAGGUCUGACGAAUUCCAAUGUAAAUCGGACAAAUCUUGUAUAUCUAAGAGUUGGAAAUGCGAUGGGGAAAAAGAUUGCGAAGAUGGAUCUGAUGAGGCCAAGUGUGACGAUAUGGUUUGUCAAAGUUGGCAGUUCACUUGUAACUUAAUGUCGAAGGAAAAACAUCGUUGCAUAUACAAUUCAUGGGUUUGCGAUGGGGAUAAGGACUGUGCCGACGGAUCCGAUGAAGUAAAUUGUACCAUCACCGUGCAUUCAUCGGUUCCUCUACCCAGUUCUAAUUCUUGUAAUAGUUGGAUGUUCAUGUGUAAUAAUAGGAAAUGCGUGCCUUAUUGGUGGAAAUGUGACAGCGUGGAUGAUUGUGGGGAUGAUUCGGAUGAGAUAGGCUGUGGUAACGAAGAGGCCGAAGAAUGGACCGUAAUAUAUCCUACGGAGCAGUCAAAAGUCUGCCGUGAACAUCAAUUCCAGUGCUUAAACGGUGAAUGUAUACAAGAUUCAUGGCUUUGUGAUGGUUCCAACGAUUGUACUUCCGGUGAAGACGAAAUACACUGUGGAAGCAGUGAUCAUUCCUCUUGCAGAGAAGAUCAGUUUAUGUGUCGUAUGGACGGUACUUGUAUUCCCAUAAGGAAUGUUUGUAAUGACGUAGAGGAAUGUCCAGAUGGUAGUGAUGAAUUGGGUUGCUCUGAAGAACAGUAUUCCAAUCCGGCAGCUACACCGUCUUGUUUCCUUGGUUUAUUCCCUUGUGACGAGACACGGUGUAUCCCUCUAGCACAAUAUUGCGAUGGAAAACAAGAUUGCGUGGAUGGUUUCGAUGAGAGCAAUUGCGAGAAAAAUAAUUCGCGUGUUUACCAAGUGCUUGAAAUGGGAGUGGACGAACGAUCUAUGAACGCUACAAGUUUCGUUUUCUAUUGGUUGAUGCCUGUACCCAAUAAUAUUACUUUCGAGUUCCUACCUUCGAUAGCAUAUGCUAUACCUGGGGCAAACUGGACCAAUGCCAGCAAUUGGGUCGCUGAUAUGGAAUAUCAAUUUAAUAAUUUGAAACCAUACACUCGUUACAAUAUCACUAUUUACGUUAGAAUAAAAGGCCAAUCUACUGUAUUCCCUCCAGCAAAAUAUUUCACUGUUACAACAGGUGAAGGUGUUCCUUCAGAGCCGUGGAAUGUAACCGUAACUCAAAGAAAUGGUACUAGUGUAGAGGUUAGCUGGCAACGUCCUUUGUAUCCGAAUGGACCUAUUACUGGUUACGAAGGAUUCGUAGCGCCACCUAUUCCACCUAUACGAUUCUUCAGACAAAAAACUUCUGCCAUUUUAAAUAUGCCAUUCGAGGCUGGAAAAAAUUAUUCGUUUUGGAUAAUAGCAAAGAACAAGGAACGAGAAUCUGCCUCAUCUAACGUAACUAUCUUAAAUUUCGAUGGCUCCGCUAAUAUUGAUAAUAUCGAAGAUCUUAAGGUAGAAUCAAAGACCAAUCAUUCUGUGAUUUUGACAUGGAAAAAGAUGGAUGAUGUUUCUUAUAUCGUUACACCGAAAGGUCCGACAAAUUAUCCUACGUUACCAACAAUUCCUGUAUCCAUUAAUCGUGUAGAAGUGUCAAGAUUAGCUCCAGGAACUAAUUAUACUUUUGAAGUCAGUGCUGUAAGAAAGAACUACAUUGGUAAAACUAAGACUAUUACUGUAGCUACGGACGGCACUCCUUUGCCAACUAUUACGAACCUGGUUGCCCAGCUAGUGAAACCGCAUGGGACCUCGGUAAAACUUACUUGGGACCCGCCAAAAAAUCCGAGAAAAAUAAAAUGGCAGUACGCGAUUCAUUAUGCGGUGAACAUGAUAGAAUUCUUCAAGGAAUACAAACUUUUAACGACGAACUUGUCGGCAACUAUCAAAGAACUGGAAGCCUGCGAAUCUUACGUGUUCGCAGUAGGUGUGAACGGCGAUUAUGGUGCUGGACCAUUAAGUCAACCAGUUACGGUGUUCACGCAUUUUAAUCAACAAGCUGCACCAAAGAAAGUAAAAGUCACUCCUACGGACAAUCUUAAUUCCAUUAUUAUUUCUUGGAGUGCCAGUUGUCCUAAUAUCGACGAGCCUAUUAGAUAUACGAUUACUGUGACAGAAAUGACUCUAAAUAAACAUUUCGUAGUGACAUUACCACCGACUAAUGAAACUGUUAUGAGACAUAAAUUCAAUUCGAUCAAACAUGGUGGCAAAUAUAAAAUUAUAAUAUCCACGGAUGUGGAAGACGCUAUACCAAGUCAAUCAGUUAUUUAUACGGCGCCAGACAUUCAGCCUCCUCAUCAGGUGAACGUUCUGCACAAGGAUCAAGGCUUUAUUAUUUUUUGGCAAGAACACGAUUUACCAUCCACUUUGAGCAAUGUUAAAUAUCAUUACGAGAUUUUGGUAGUAGAAGGAUCGAAUACGAUGAAAGAAUCGUCUGCCAAAAUAUAUAAAGUUGAUCAGCCACCGUAUAUAUACAAAGAUGCGAAACCAGAUGUUAUCUAUACAUUCGCCAUUCGAUUGGUCACCGAAGAAGGUUUCCAAAGUCCUCUCAGCGAAGUUUUUAGCACUAGAUAUAGUGCCGAAGUGUCAUCGUUACCAGUAACGAUAAAUACAUCCAAUAUCCUCUCAUUCGCGAUACCGAUCUGUUUGUUGAUUAUCGCUUUGGGAUCCGCAUUGGCAUAUUUUGUUGUCAGACAUAGAAGAUUGACUAACAGUUUCACACAAUUUGCUAAUAGUCACUAUGAUACCAGACGUGGACAAGCAACUUUCCCGGGUACUACAGACGGCUUAGAAGAAGAAGAUAGUCCUGUAAUCCGAGGCUUCUCCGAUGAUGAACCGCUAGUAAUAGCAUAAACUCGUGAAAAAAAUUACACAUACAACAACA